AUGGCAGUCAAAAAGAAAAAGCCCAGCAGCAUUAAAACGCUACGCAACGGUCAGAAUACUUCACACACAGGCUCAAACGAUGCGACAAGACUAAAACCGGAAAAUGUUGGCGCACUGGUCCACGAUGAAAGUGAUAUCAUCUCGUAUCGGGCAUAUCUGACUCAAAAUCUCAUCAAAGCAAGCGAAAUGAUGGACAUAUUAACUACUCAAAACAUAGCACUGCCGAAAAUACUUCCUCCACCCAUAUAUCCGAAUCUGGACCUGGAAAGUGCUCAAAAGUCCCUGGAAUUUGAAAAACAAGAGAUUGCUGCCCUUGAGACACAGCUUACCAGCGAUUGCCUAAAACUCCCGUCGGAUUACAUAGCCUUAAAAGAGCUAUCUCAAGCCGUCGUAACAAAUGAAGGCUCCACUCCAAAAGAAAUAGAACGGAUCCAAAAUACAUUCAUGUCCAAAUUUCAAAAGCAUGUGCAGAAAGAUCGCAUCGUCGUUCACCAUCUGAAAUUUCCUCAGCUUCGCGGCGAUUUGUCCACGGCCCCAGCGGACUACUGGGCCAAACGAGCUGAGAACUUGGCAAAGCAGCAAGAAGAAACUCUCAAAUUACAAGCUCUUCGCGAGCAAGAAGAACGUGAAGAGCUGAAACGUCGGUCUGAAGAACAGGAAAGGCUGCGGCAAAAACAAGAAGAUCAGCAGCUUUUCGAGGACCCCUUUGCUCAGCAACAGCCGCAGCAAAAUCAACCCGCUCCUGGGUUAUUGGCAUUCAACGGUAACGGCAAUCAAAAUCAACAGCAGCCAGUAGACCCCUCGCAGCAGGCAAUGCUAGGUUCAAUCUUUGGUGACGUAAAUGGGGAAAAUUACAACAACGGCUUUGAAGACGAAUUUGGAGAUCUAGAUACGGCUUUUUUCUAA